GGAGGCGAUGCGCACACGAAGCUUAGGGGACGAGCGACGAGCGCGAGCCCUAAAUAUUUUUGGCUGUCGUCGCUGCCCGCAUCGCCGGCCGGACUACCUUUCCCUGCCGUUGUCGCAAGCCAUGCCGCCUCCUCUUGUUGCAAAAGGGAUGGGGGAGGUUCUUCCUUUGGGGGCUAGCUUUUGGUAUUCAAUCAAAUCUGGGCAACUGAAAAUAAUUGGAACGCAGAACUUUUGUCAAGUGCAUCACUGUGCCAUGGUUGUCAGAAGCAAUCAUCCUCAAAAUGCUGAUCUUCCUCGCUACUACUCAAAAAGGGAGAAGAAACCAUUUCCAAUCCCCAUACUGGAAUUAAGGCGUACGGCAAGAGAGAGGCUUAAGAAUGCCAAGAAAUUGCCUAGGAAGCCAACACCGCCACCUAGAAAUGGAAUGCUGGUUCAAAGCUUAAUACCAGUUGCAUAUGAAGUGAUGAAUGCAAGGAUCUUGCUGACAAAUAAUCUGAAAAGGCUUAUGAAAGUAAUACCGGUUCUAGCAUGCAAGUAUUGCAAUGAGAUACAUGUGGGAGCAACUGGGCAUCCCUUCAAAACAUGUCGAGGCUUGCGGGCUGAUCACCGCAAGGGCCUUCAUGAGUGGAUAACUGCAACAGUAGAAGAUGUACUCACACCCAUUGAGACCUUUCAUCUCUCAGAUCGCCUUGGGAAGCGCAUAUCUCAUGAGGAGAGGUUCUCCAUUCCUCGUAUCCCAGCCGUAGUAGAGCUCUGUGUCCAGGCUGGUGUUGAUCUGCCAGACUUUCCCAUCAAAAGACGAAGGAAGCCAGUCAUUCGCCUGGGAAGGAGUGAGAUCAUUGAUGCUGAUGAGGAUGACUUGCCUGACCCCAGACCCUGUAAAUUUAAGAAGCCCAUUCUGGAUGAAGUACCUGACUGUGAGAUUGUGCCACCAGCGAAUGCUGAGGAGACUGCUUCCCUAUCCGAGGCAACACUUGAAGCAUGGGAGACCUUGCGGCAGGGUGCUGCAAAGCUUAUGAGGAAAUAUCCAGUAAGAGUCUGUGGAUACUGCCCAGAGGUGCAUGUUGGACCUAGCGGGCAUAAGGCUCAGAAUUGCGGGGCAUACAAGCACCAGCAACGCAAUGGACAGCACGGAUGGCAAUCCGCAACGCUUGAUGACUUGAUACCACCCAGGUAUGUUUGGCAUGUCCCUGAGACGGUCCUGGAGCUGCAACGGGAUCUGAGGAAUUUCUAUGGGCAAGCACCAGCUGUUGUCGAGCUGUGUGUUCAGGGUGGUGCGGCAGUGCCCGAAUGCUAUAAACCUACCAUGAGACUAGAUAUUGGCAUACCUACCAACUUGAGAGAAGCUGAGAUGGUGGUAUAAUGUAGUUUGUACUGUAGAUGCAAAAUGAACUGAAAUUUCAACAACUCAGGAAUGGGCAAGCAAUUGGAAUUCUGUAAUAUCUUGUUUCAACGUCUA